AAGCACAAGAAACUUCCAACAAUACAACACACAACGUGUGCCGUCUCCCAUUACUAAACAAGUCUCUCUCCAUUCUCUUCUCUCUAACUCUCAAACAGUUACUGCGGAAGAACCAAAAUCCCAGAAAAAAAGAAGAAGAAAGAAAGCGAGAGAAAAUGUGCUCUUCAGAAGGUGAUUGCAGGCCUCUGGGCUUUCUGCUCGGCCUUCCUUUUGCUCUCCUCUCCCUCGUCCUCUCCAUCGUCGGCAUCGUUAUCUGGAUCGUCGGGUUGUUGCUGACUUGCAUAUGCCCGUGCUGUUUGUGCGUGACGGUGGUCGUGGAGUUGGCUCUGGAGUUGGUCAAAGCCCCAAUUCAUGUGAUGGAGUGGUUCACUUCUCAAAUCCCCUGCUAAUCACAUCUCAUUCAGAUUGUUUAAAUUUAUUUUUAUUGUUUUUUAUUUUUAUUUUUAGUUUAGUUUUAUCACUGAGUUUGGUGUUUUAUAUUCAUCAUACACUGUGUUUACUGUGUACUGUUUAUGUAUUCCAUGGAGGUGAAUAUGUAGAAUUCUAUGUGAAUUUGAGUGAAAAAAACCCCAUCAAAAUCCCAAA